AUGUCCACCAAGACCGCAGUCCUCACCGAUAAGGCCCCCAAGCCCCUCCCCGGCAUCUACUCCCAAGCCAUCGUCGCCAAUGGCGUCGUUUACUGCUCCGGCGCUGUCCCCAUGGACGCUGCCACCGGCAAGCUGAUUGAUGGCGAUGUCAAGGCCCACACUCACCAAUGUAUUAAGAACCUGACCCACAUCCUCGAGGAGGCCGGUACCGAUAUCACCAAGGUGGUUAAGGUCAACGUCUUCCUGUCUAAUAUGGAUGACUUUGCUGAGAUGAACUCGGUUUAUAUGCAAUACUGGGGCGACGUUAAGCCUUGCCGGACAUGUGUUGCGGUCAAGACUCUUCCUCUUAACACUGAUGUUGAGAUUGAGUGCAUUGCUGUGCUGUAA